AUGGAGCCUCUCACAGCAUUGUGGGUCGCAAGCAGUGUCAUCACUUUUGUGGACUUCGGCGGCAAGCUGGUGUCAAACACCAGGAAACUAUACAGGUCGGCCACCGGGAUGUUGAGCUCGGCUAUCGAUGUCGAAGUUUUGACAAUGGAUCUCAUGACUAUCUCGCACGGCCUGCGAAGACAACUACCAGAGCACCGUAUUUUGUCUGACUCCACCUCAUCCAACGGUCGGAAGAGGUCUCUAGAGGAUGAGGCCCUCGAUGAUCUCUGUGUUCGAUGUGUCAGUAUUGCACAAAUCCUCUCGAAUCGCCUUGGGCGGCCAAAAGUCGAGCCUCGCAAAGAGAGUGAAGAAGUAGGGGAGCCCACCACAGGCCGGCUGAAAGGGUUGGAAGUCGAGCUCCCGGAUGACCCUGCAACAGUUCAAGACCCGCACGGCGGGAACAUGCUCUCGAAGCUACGACACAAGUCGACGCGUGCAAUAACAGGAUUCGAUGAUACUGCUGCGGAUGAGCGACCGAAAUCGAGACGGUUCAGAAAAUGGGACAGUUUCCGCAAGGCACUGGAGAGUGUAUGGAGCAAGCACGAAAUAGACGUGCUUGCUGCUACCCUACGAGACUUUCGAAGUGAGAUAGAAUUUCGCAUCCUUGUCUCUUUCCGGUACUUUUCUCCUUUUUCUCUUCCCAUUGUUUCAUUCCCUAUCUACUCGCUAGGACUGAAAUAUGUUCAGAGAAUCAUUGAACGGCCUCGCUGCCCAGCAAACCGACACGUCGUGACAGCUUGCUCGUCUACGCGGUUGAUACUCGACGCUUUUCUCACAACAAGAGACUCUUUUUCCACGGAGCUGCUUGUUCAAGCUGAGACAUUGAUCAAGAUACAGGAAGCGCAGAAUGACUGGCGAGUGGAAGCGGGCAGGCAGAAACUCGAGAGGCUUACCCAUGGGGACCUCAAGCCGACUGGCACGCUAGAAUCUCCUAAAGGAACGAAUGCUUCCAGCAUCCAAGCCUCUGAGAUACAUCCAAAGGACUUGGAAGUGGAACAGCAACUACGAUUGCUCAUGGUGGAGAAUGGGGUACUUGGGAGCCUGGCGUUCGCCACCAUGGCGGAACGUCGACAGAGUCUGGAGCAGUGGAAAUGGGGAGCAGAGAUCACAACGUGGCCUUCUGAGGUCGUUACUAUUCGACAUUUUACAGAACCACCGCGAUCUCAUCCCCAGUAUACUACCCGGGGCCUGGGAACAUUGGUCCGCCCGCGCAACAGCAGUCAUAUCCAGUAG